CUGGCUUUAGAUUCGUAAUCAGCGACCCCGAAAACUAUGGAAAUCGUUACACUUAUGUUUUUUAACCUGCCAGUUCUGCCAGGGUGUGAAAGAGUUAUGUCAGCCGAAGCAGGAAGUACUUGAGGGAAAGUCAUAAGGUGAAAUGAUUCUUGGUCACGGUCGCAAGUGAUGUUAAGUUGAUGCAUAUACAACAAACACAGGUGGGGGAUCACAAAAGGUGCGUAAUCACCGCAUGCAUGUUGGAGAAAAGGAAGAAGGGAGCUGAAAGAUGGAAAAAGAGAGCUGCAUAUGUGCGGCCGGAGUGAGAGGAAGUUAAGUUUGGUGAGGGCUCCUACGGGUGAGUACCACUCAUUGACUCGUGUACGCCCGCACGUCCGUCUGUCGGUCGGUCUCACUCACAUUCAUUCGUUCAUUGCCAACACCGUGCUUACCAUCCCGAUUCAUUCGCGAAUAUUGAAUUAAAAAAAAAAAUCGGAUAUUGUUUCACAAUUUUUUUUUCUUCCUACAAAAGGAAUAUGUGGUUUUUUGGAUCCUUCGUCGCCAUCGUCAUCAUUUCUUUCGCUACCAUUCGGAUUCAAGCGAGACCUCAACAGAUCAAAUCAGAUUGCAAAUUUGAAAAUCGUCGAUAUCAGGAGGGUGCUGCGGUCACAACUUCGGGACCCUGUUUACAGUGUAAAUGUUCAGAAGGAUCGUUACGAUGUAGAUUGCGUGUCUGUCCACGACUUCCAAAUCCACCACCACCAGGAUGUCGUGCCCGACCGCCUGGAGAAAACGCCUGCUGUUCAGAAUUAGUUUGUGGGGAAUCAGAUGAGGCAAAUGUCCUGCGGCGUAUCGAUCUUGGAACAGAAUCCAGUAAUCAAGAUGAUGGUUGCUUGUACGAAGGAGUACGAUAUGGACCGGGAUCUGCAAUGAUGGGCUCUCAGAAGUGUGAAUAUUGUUACUGUAUAUCUGGUACGAGAAGAUGCAUUAGACCAAAAUGUUUACUUCCCCUCCCAGGUUGUACACCAGUUUAUGCACCGCACUCUUGUUGCCCGAUAUCCUACAACUGCACCCGUGCAGAAUCUUCGACGACCAUGGCCUCGAUGUCAGGAAAUGAUUGUCGAGUCGGCAAACGCAUUUACAAAGAGGGUGAAAUGGUGCGGGAUUUCGCUUUAAAAUCUACCUGUGACAAUUGUUUCUGUGCCAUGGGCGCUGUAAGUUGCGUUCCACUUGCCUGCGCUCCACCUCUUCAGGGUUGCAGUCCAAUUGUUCGAGAAGGACAAUGCUGCCCUUCCACUUACAAUUGCAGUGGUAGCAUUGAGGUGAAAGCGGCACAAAAUUACGCAUCUUAUGCAUUCAUUAGCAAAGAUUAUGCAAAAUUUAGAAAGGAGACGAAUUUCUUUGCACCAUACGAGUUUCAAUCUUUAUCAAAUUACACGGUCGAGGGUCGUGGUCAUCGAGUGGUCAUUGAGGGAAUAGACUCAAGCACUUUCAGUCCGGUCACUGAAGAGUCUGCAGUCACUGAAUCCACUUUUGCCUCCUCCACCUUAGAAACCGAGACGAUGGACAAUAAGAUCCUGACCGAAACGACAGAAUAUCCAAAGACCACUACUUUCGAGAGCAAUCUUCCUACCUCCACCACACUCGAGGGAAUUACUGAUGCGGAGUCGACAGUCUCUGAUUGGAGAACGACAAUCAAAGACUUGGGCUUGGAGGAUUCAACGUUGACGAGCUCCUUAAUGUCUCUAGUGGAUUCAACUACUAUCGAUGAUUCCUUCUCUGAAGUUACAACCACAAGAGCAACCACAAUCGUUGAAGAUUAUACAUCGACGUUACCUUCAGUUACAGACAUAACAGAAUCAACUUUGAUCUCUCUAGAGGGAGGAUUUCGCGAGACGUCCUGUCAGGAAGGUGAAUCAGACAAAGUGAAUUUUACAGAGCCUUUUACAAAUGAUACCGAAACAACGGUUCCUUCUUUAACAACGAAAAAACAUAAUAGCGAGAAAGAGAAAGAUUUAGGUCAACCUACCUCAUCAACUUCAACCAACCAGGAUACAUUGGUAACAGGCUUGCCUAGUGUUCUAGUGCCAGAUGACAUUUUAGUGAUGAAUGUUACUGUAAAAACAAAUGUUUCGGUUGGACAUAUUCAAGGGGUGACGAUUAAUCCUGUGAGGACGAUUGCACCGGAAAUAGAAGCCAUUCUGAAUAUCAUUCAUCGACAAAAGGAUGAUGAUUAUGAAUACGAUUACAGUGAACCAACUUUACCUCCGUCACUACCAAAUGUUCGAAUUAUUCCAUUCGUAGCGGCGGACGCUUUAGUGAAGGACAAAAACGAUGCUGCACCACCCGUCACCGGAUAUCCUUCUGGUGCUGUGGGAGUACCUCCAGAAUUGAUACCAAAGGACUCGACAUUCUACGACGUGGUAACCCAGGAGAAUCGUUUCAGUCCACCGGUUGAAACCCAAGGUGGAUUUGUGCCGAGGGAACCUCCUUACUUCGAUCCGUCUUAUCACUCAAUUGAUCUAAAUCUGGAAAUUGGUACUGGAGUUACAGUUAUACCCGAAGCUAUUGGAAAUCCUCUCAAGAAGAAUGAUUUACAAGAUUUUGGAAGUAUUUGCGCUUUUGAGGGUCGAGAAUAUCAUCAUGCUGCUACAUUACCAAGUCCCGGAUUGUGUAUCGUCUGCAUUUGUUACUAUGGAGAGGUAAUUUGUUCUGAUGAAAAAUGUCCCCCCUUGAAGAUUGGAUGUCAGCGAAUAAUAGACGAAAAAAAUUGUUGCGGAAAGAUUGUCUGCGUGGAUGCUAAAGAGUCACCAACGGUUGUCCUGGAUCGAGCAGAUUCAUCGUUACAAAUACAAACCUUGGUUUCAUCUGAUCCAUUUAGAGACGUCAUCAAAACAGAACCAGCACCGGAUUUGCCUUCUCUAAUUGAGGACAUGAUACCUUAUUUAGCCGGUCAGGGAAUUAGUACUUCAAACACAACAAAUGCAACGAAUUCCUCUACUUUUGAUAAUGAUUCUCAAAUAUUUGACUUUAACCAUCGCAAUCAGUCUCCUAAAGUUGAUCAAGCUUUUCCUGAAAGUGGAAAUAAAUUUGAUAAUCCCAACGAUACUCUACUUCCUAAUCAUUUAGAAAAUAAGAAAAUCCCCUUGCAAAGUAAUUAUCUCCUUAAAACAAAUCAAAGUGAAAAAAACUCGAGCAAUUUGAAUAAUGAAAAUUCUCCUUCGCUUAAUGAAAGUACCAACAAAACUGAGGACUUCUUCCAUUCUGAAGAAAGCGAAUCAAUUUUCUCUCUUGACAGUGUUCUUGAUUUGUUCUUCUCAGACACUACAACCGCGUCUGGAGAAAUUACAAAACAAAACGAUACUAAACAGACUGAAAUAAGAGAUAAAAUAGACUUUGAAAUGAAGAAUUCAGAAAAGACACAAUUUAACGGAGAAAUUAAAAUUAAUGGAGGAGCAGAAGUUGAUGAUGUAAAAUUCAAAAAAGAAAUUACAACCCUCAAGAAAGAUCCAGAACUUUUAAAAACUGAAUUUCAGUUUCCAAAGAUUGGAGAAAUUAGAGAACAAUUAAUUAAAAAUCAUUCCACUGAAGUGGAUACAGAUUCAGUUAAAAACAAUAUAAAAUUUCAAUAUUCAUCAGGAAAUCCCUCAGCAAAUAUAAUUAAUAAAACAAUUUCCCCAGCAACUAUUAAUAUUCAAGGAAUUACAAAUUUAAACGUUGAUCUCAAUUCAGAGUCGAAAACAAAAAACACUGACAACGAUAUUACAGGUUUGAAUAUUUUGAAAUUGGCUGGAUGCAAUAUUUAUGGAAGAAUGUAUCGUGUGGGAAGAAUUAUUACCGAACUUACAUCAUCAUGUCGUGAAUGCAAGUGUACUGAAGUAGGUGUACAAUGUAAGCAAUUGAAAUGCUAAAUUCCUUUCUUUCUUAAUUUCAUUAUUUAAUUGAAUCAAUAUUUCUUCGCUCGGAAACGAAAAUAUUGUAAUCCCGUGAUUUAGGAUUAAUUUAACUUAGUCAUUAAAUAUCAUUAGUUUUGCAAUUCAUAUUGAGUGGAGUUUAACACAGUAAAUCGUGAGGUGUUAAAAUAACAUCAGAAUGGAUUAAAAUAAUCUGCUACAGUUUAAUCAAUCUAGGAUUAAAUUAACUGAGACUGAGACUA